AUGGCCGACACGGUAGACCUCGAGCGAGAAAUUUUCGGGCGUGACUCGGAUGACGACCUCUCGUCGCCGGAGGAGGACGAGGUGCCGCAGAGGCGCGCAGGGAAGGAGUCCCUCGCCGUGCCAGACGAGGAGUCCUCAGCAGACUCCGGGGACGAGUAUGUGCAGGAAAAGCGCGCCCCGAAACCGAAGGUCCGCCGGAGCAGCAGGCGCGGGGCGGAAGACGGGGCGCAGCGGCCAAAGCAGAGGAAGCGGAAGCGAAAGCAGGUGGAGGAGGUGGACCUGAGCCAGCUGCCGCCCGAGCAAGCCGGCAAGAUGAGGCUCGACAUGCAGCUUGAGGCGAUCCUGAAACCGAAGCGUGCCUCCAAGCCGAGGCGGAAGAAGAAGGACGACGACGACGUCCUGGACAGAUACGCCGACGAGGAGGUCUCCCGGCUCCGCGAGGCCAUGAUGACUGCUGCGCAAGACGACGAACAAGCGAACAGAGAGAAGCUGCCUGCUACGUCGAAGCUGAGAUUGCUCCCACAAGUGAUGGAAGUUCUGCGCAAAAACUCUUUGUCGCAGUCAAUCAUCGACAACAAUCUCCUGGAGGGUGUGCGGAAGUGGCUGGAGCCUCUGCCCGAUAAGUCUCUCCCUGCACUGGACAUCCAGAAAGAAUUCUUCCCCAUCCUUAAGAAAAUGGAGUUCAUCGACACGCCUGUUCUCAAGGAGGCGCGUCUUGGCCCGGUGAUCAUCUUCUACACCAAAUGCAAGCGAGUAACGCCCGACAUCGCCCGUCUCGCCAAUGACCUUGUGUCCGCGUGGUCCCGGCCAAUCAUCAAGCGCAGCGCGUCUUACAGGGACCGCAUUAUCCCGACUGCGCACAGUGGUGACGGCGACAGCGGCCGACCUGGUGGUGAGCGGCUGAACGCUAUUCUGGCGCGGGCAAAAGAGAGCGAGAAGAAUCGCGUGCGCAAGAAUGCGGUGAUGAUUCCUCAGCGCAUGCUGGGCAGCUAUACUGUGGCGCCCAAGUCGAAUACCGGCAAUGCAAAGAACACUAUGAGCGUCGACGUGGAUAUCGAGCGACGGAAGAAGAACGCGGAGAGGUUGCGGACUCUCACACGCAAGAUCACGACGAAGACGUGA